CUGAUCUUUACUUAUAGUAUAUAAAUGCAAACAGAUGGUAUUUUAUAUCAUGUAAAGAAACUUUGAAUUAGAUUACAUGCUUAAUGUUUAUGUUUUGUGCUUUUAAAGAAAUGCAGUUGUUUGUUCGUGCCCAGACUUUGCACUCCAUUCAGCUGAAUGGGUCAGAGACUUGCCCAUAUCUUCAAGCACAGAUUGACUCUUCGGAGGGACUGGCUUGUGAUUAGAUCAUCUCUCUCUGUUGGGUACCCCUUCAGGAUGAGACAUUGAUCUGUCUGUCUGGAGUGGAGGAACUUGGCACUCUUGACGUGUCAUCAAGGCUUUUAGGAGGCAAAGUCCACGAUUCCCUGGCUAGAGCAGGUAAAGUCAGAGGGCAAACUCCCAAGGUGGACAAGCUAGAGAAUAAGAAGAAAAAGACCGGCACGGCAAAGAGGAGAAUUCAGUACAGUCGCAGAUUUGUAAAUGUUGUGCCAACAUUUGGCAAAAAGAAGGGACCGAAUGCUAACUCAUGAUUUGUUCAUCAAAACUGUAAUCUUUACACAUUCACUGCAUCCCAUAUCAUUCACUGGGGGGG